AUGUUAACCAAAUUCUCAAUAAAUGGAAAGGAUUAUAGCGUCGAUUUGGCAAGAUUGCCGGCCGACAUAACAUUGAAUUCAUUCAUACGGGACUAUGCUGGACUCCCAGCUACCAAAUUCAUGUGCCAAGAGGGUGGCUGUGGCGUAUGUGUGUGCGUGAUUACAGCCAUGAAUCCCGUAACUGGGGAGCCGAGAACAAGAGCCGUGAACUCGUGUUUAACCCUGCUAAACUCAUGCACGGGUUGGGAGAUAACCACCUGCGAAGGACUAGGAAAUAAACGUGAUGGUUACCAUCCUAUUCAGAAAAGGUUGACAAAAAUGAACGGCACUCAAUGUGGCUACUGUUCGCCUGGCUUUGUGAUGAACAUGUAUGGUCUGUUGCAAGAGCGAGGGGGCAAAGUCACCAUGGAGGAAGUGGAAAACGCUUUUGGAGGCAACAUAUGUCGCUGCACUGGUUACAGGCCCAUAUUAGAUGCCAUGAAAUCGUUUGCAGUGGACAGUAACAUUAUAGUUCCUGAGGAAUGUCGCGACAUCGAAGAUCUUUCGAAAUUGGUAUGUCCGAAGACCGGACAAUCGUGCAGUGGUAGCUGCCAAUCAAAAAUGGAAAGCCUUGUCUUCAGUAAUGGCGAUCAAUGGUUUUGGCCAAAAUCGUUGAAAGAACUUUUCACAGUCUUGUCGCAAUUUAAGGACGAAGACUACAUGUUAGUAGGCGGCAAUACAGGACACGGUGUUUACAGGCGAUCACUCCGAAUCAACAAGUUCGUAGAUAUACAUGAGAUAAAGGAACUUCACGGGUAUACAAUUUUACCAGAUACCUUGGAAUUAGGCGCAAAUCUAAGCCUUUCUGAUGCCAUGAACGCUUUCAAGGAAGCAUCAGCCCUAAAGGGGUUUGAGUACUGCUCGAAAGUAUGGAACCAUUUCGAUUUGAUUGCCAACGUUCCUGUACGAAAUAUGGGAACUUUGGCUGGUAACCUGUCCCUUAAACAUCAAUAUCCCGAAUUUCCGUCUGAUAUAUAUGUGGUUUUUGAAGCCUUAAACGUCAAUGUUGUCCUAAAAAAUGCUGCCGAUCAGGAACAAACCGUGUCACUCACGGAGUACUUAAAAACUUCGAUGAAUAAAAAAAUUAUAAAAUCGUUCAUCCUUAAGCCAUACUCCAACGACGAAUACCUCUUCGAAUCGUACAAGAUUAUGCCCCGGGCUCAGAACGCACAUGCCUAUGUCAAUGCAGCAUUUUUAAUUAAAGUUCAAAAACCUGACUUCAUUGUUCAAUUUGCCAGAAUUUCUUUCGGUGGGCUAAGUCCUGAAUUUAGCAGGGCUAAACAGUUGGAAAACAGUUUGAUGAACAAACCUCUUUUCAAGGCGGAAACAGCUCAGUCCGCCUUUGCCACACUCAAGAAUGAAGUCAAAGCUAAUCUCGUACUACCCGAACCGUCUCCAGAAUAUAGGACUAUAUUGGCUAAUGGUCUAUUUUAUAAAUUCUUACUGGCUCAUGCACCUGCUGGUGCUAUUCACGAGUCGUUCUUAUCCGGUGGAAGUAUUCUGAAGAGACCCGUAUCUUCGGGAAAGCAGACAUUUGAAUUUAACGACAGUUGCUUGCCUCUGAAAAAGCCCACCGUCAAACACGAAGGUUUGAUGCAAUGCUCCGGGGAGGCUAUGUUCUCGAAUGAUCUGCCGCCACAAGCCCAACAGUUGUGGGCAGCCUUCUUCACGGCUAAGAAAAUUGGUUCAAAUAUAACCAAUAUAAAUGCAGAGAAGGCUUUGAGCCUACCCGGUGUUGUGGCAAUAUUCACCGCCAAGGACAUUCGUCCCGGAGGUAAUCGAGUCUCAAUCAAGGACAAUUUCUUUUUCAUGGAAGAUGAAGAACUGUUCUUGGAAGGAGAAGUAAAAUAUUAUGGUCAACCUGUUGGCGUUGUAGUGGCUGAGACAAAUGCUCUGGCGAACAGAGCCGCCGAAAUGAUUGAACUCACAUAUGAAGGUGGCCGCAAGGAAGUAUUCUCCACCAUGAAGGAGGUACUAAAUACUGCAGCAGCUUCUGAUCGAAUUCGUCAUGAAAUCAAGUCGGAAUAUUCAGCGUCAGGAACAUCAAAUAGCGUGCAAAAUCAACAAAUCGAGCCCUUCGAUGUAAACGGCAAAGGAGAAUUGGACAUGGGCCUACAAUAUCAUUUCUUUAUGGAACCACACACUACAGUGGCGGUUCCAGUCGAGGGCGGUCUCCAAUUGUAUGUGGCAACGCAAUUUAUGGAUUUGACCCAAGACAUUGUCGCCAAGAUGUUGGGACUACGCAGUAACGAUGUUCAGGUAAAAACCCAACGUAUUGGAGGUGGUUAUGGUGGCAAGGCCACUCGUUGCAACUUCCUUGCAUGUGCCGCAGCCUUGGCCGCAUAUAAACUGAAUAGACCUGUACGUUUCGUCCAAUCCAUGGAAUCGACGAUGCAAUCCUUUGGCAAACGCUGGCCAUGUCACAUCGACUACGACUUCUAUGUGCGAAAUUCUGGAAAAAUAGUUAAGUUGAUUUCUUCCUUCUAUGAAGAUGCCGGGUUUUGUCCCAACGAGUCACCAAUGGGCCAUACUGUGUUGUUAUCGAAAAACUGCUACGAGUUCACGAACGACAACUUUAUUUUAGACGGCUACAUGGUACUCACCGACACUCCGUCCAACAUUGCCUGCAGAGCCCCAGGAUCCAUUGAAGGCAUCGCUCUAAUAGAAAACAUAAUGGAGCAUAUAGCUUUCCAGUUGGACAUGGAUCCAAUGGAAUUGCGGAUGGCGAACAUUAUUACGGGCCACAAACUAUCGGAAAUGCUACCGAAAUUCCUGGAAUCGACCGACUACAAAAAUCGGCGAGCAGGAAUUUUGGACUUCAAUAAAAACCAUCGUUGGGUAAAGAGAGGGCUCGGCUUUGCAAUAAUGGAAUAUCACGUUGGCUACUUUGGACAAUUCCCGGCUACAGUAGCAAUUUACCACGGAGAUGGAACAGUCGUAAUAACACACGGAGGCAUUGAGAUGGGUCAGGGCAUGAACACAAAAAUUGCCCAAGUCGCUGCUCACACCUUGGGCAUUCCACUGGACCUGAUACGAGUGGAAGGUAGUAACACCAUCAACGGUGCAAACUCAAUGGUCACUGGAGGUUCGAUUGGCAGCGAGGUCGUCUGCUUUGCCGUGCGUAAGUGCUGCAAUACCCUACUGGAUAGACUUCGACCAUUCAGGGAGGAGUUGAAGGAUCCUUCAUGGCCAGACCUAAUCAAUUUGGCUCAUCAACGUUCCACUAAUCUUAUAGCCAGUGACGGCUGCAAGGCUGGUGAAAUGGAUCCUUACACGGUGUGUGGACUGGGUCUCACCGAGGUCGAGGUAGACAUGAUAACUGGCACCUAUUUGGUGAAGCGUGUUGAUAUCCUGCAGGAUGCAGGCGAAAGUUUGAAUCCCAAUGUUGAUGUAGGACAGGUGGAGGGAGCCUUUAUCAUGGGCCUGGGUUACUGGACCAGUGAGCUUUGUGUGACAGACAAAACAACGGGACAACUCAUGACAAAUCGUACGUGGAAUUACAAACCACCCGGCCCAAAAGAUAUUCCCAUAGAUUUUCGUAUUGAACUUUUGGCCAAGAGCCCUAACAAAGCUGGUUUCAUGAGAUCCAAAGCCACUGGUGAACCCUCAAUAUGUCUGGCCGUAAAUGUUACGUUUGCUCUUCAGCAAGCCAUACAAUCAGCUCGGGAUGAUGCCGGCCUCAAAAAGAAAUGGAUCACUCUAAACGCUCCCAUGACACCGGAGUAUAUACUUCUGAAUGCCGGUACCAAUGUAGAUAUGAUGACAUUCCCCAAAAAUAAUUAG